GGAUUAUAGUUUCUCCCAAAAUGGUGGUCACUGUGCGCCAAAUUUUGAAAAAAAUCGAAUAGUGGAGAAUCAUUUUAAUAAUGUAUAGGAAAACUUUUAGUUUAUAUGACAUAUUUGUGACAUUUUUGUCAUUUGCUUCGUUCAUCUUGGACGUAAUUACAGAUGUUGCUGUGAUUGUGUUAUUUUUCCGGGAUGGACACACUGUGUGGGCGGCUGUCUCAUUGGCCCUGGUGGCUUUGUCAACCUUUGCCAUGCAGAUCUUCAGCUUCUGUUGGCAUGUUACAGAUGGAACCCUGACAGUCCAGACAUUCCUGCUGCAUGCCUGCUUCUUGUCUCCUCUACACAGAUUUUGGAGAGUCCUCAAGCUAGGAUUCAAGUCUAGAAGAACAAAGAGUCAUGACGAUUUAGAGGCUGUUUACAGCGCUAAUAACGAUGUCUGCUUGCUUCGUCUUUUUGAAUCCUUUCUGGAAUCAGCACCACAACUUACACUGCAGCUAUACAUUAUUAUCACAUUCCAGCAUUUUGAUUGGAUACUUGGAAUUUCAACAUUCUUUUCCCUUACAUCGAUUGCUUGGUCAGUGUCUGCCUACUCAGAUGGACUGCGUCUUGCCUAUCAAUCUGACUACAGAAGAAGUGGGCUGACGAUGCUAGUGCACACACUGUGGCAGAUAGCAAUGAUAAGUGGCCGAGUUUUAGCCAUUGUUGUGUUUGCUUCAUAUUUCCAAGCUUGGACAUUUUUGUUCUUGGGUGUACACUGGCUUCUAAUGACAGCAUGGAUAACCUUUCAAAAUGCUGACUUUGGAGACACAGCAUGUGAGAAGAGAAUCUUUAAUGCUGUGUCCGGCUUUGUCUACAUUUUCUGCUUCCUGAACCUGAAGGAUGGCCCCACUCGUGGGAGGCUAACCAUUUACUAUAUCAUUACAUUGGUGGAAAACACUAUCCUAGUUAUUUUGUGGUUCCUUUUCAAACCUGACACUUCUCCUGAUUGGAUGAAUAUUGCCACACCCACUGUAAUCUAUGGAGGAUUUGUUGUAGGUUCAGCCAUGAUGUGCCUGUAUUACUGCUGUUGUCAUCCAUCCAAACCAAUAGCAAAGAAAGAAAAGGAAAUGGAAACCAACUGGUUCAAACGCAUAGCAACAAUGAAGCGCAAGGAGCCAAAUGAAGCGGUGUUCAACACCUCAGAAUCAUCAUUUCGUAUCUCAGAGUGGCUGACGACGUCAAUCAACCUCAGUAACUGUGAUAGACAGAACAACAGUGUGCAGAUGUCCCUCAAUUUAUCUGUUCCAGAUGUUGUACCCGAGAAAAAGUCUGUCAAACGUUUCAGUGCAAAAUCCCUAUCCACCUACCACAGGGCUGCCAGCAUCGAGUCCUCUCUACAGGAAUCGGAGGGAAACCUGACCAUGGAGUCUGGACGUGUGUCGUAUACUAGUUUAAGCAGCACUAAGCCAUUGAUAUCAUCAGCAUCCAAAACAUCCAUGUAUCGAGUUCAAGCAGAGGUCAACAAGACAUUGUCUCCUGAAAGUGAUGCUUCCAGUGCGCAUGUAUUUAACUAUCAAUGGAGUCCAAAAAGUCCUCUAAGCUGCAGCAAUUCUUGGAACUUUGAAAAUGAAAAAUCCUCAUGUGAAUAUGAUAAGAAUUUGAGCCAAAGCAAGAAAGACAGUCCACAGAGUGUGCAAAGUUGGAAAGAGGAUGCAGUGGUUCCAGGCAGUGGAAAUUCUGCGUUUGAAUACAGCGGGAAAAAGUUGUCAAUGUCACCAUUAGACCCAGCUAAACUUUGGGAAUUAUCACAGCAAAGAAUUACUACAAUAAAUUCAAGUGAUUUAUAUGAUUCAAGCUGUAUUAUUCCAAAAGCUAGAGAAAACAUCUCUUAUCAAAUGAAUGAUGAAGUUGAUGCUUGUGAAUCAAAUAUCAGUGGUAGAAGGAGCUCCUCUACUAGAACAAGCCAUUACAGCACUACAUUAAGUGAUUCUCAGUACAAUUCAAACUCGGAAGUGUCUGGAGAGAGGUAUGAUACCAAUUAUAGCAACAGUGGAUCAUCCAGGAGUCAGUUCAAUUCACUCAACCAAGUUGAAACAUCAGAACAUGUGCAGUCAUCAGAGUUAUCUAACUUUUUUGCUGAUAUUUCAUCUCUGCAUGUCCCAACAUCUGGUCAAAACAGAUACAUCUCUUCUGUGUCAGAAACUACAGACAUCUUGAAUUCGUCUUUUCCUUGGUCACAUGACCAUGAGGUAUUCUACGAUGAGGGUGAUAUUUCGGAGCUUGUUUAUAAACAGAACAUUAGGGAAUCCCUGCUUGGAAAAAGCUACAUGUAUCAUAUUUGCCCAAUUUCUGAUGCUACACGAUUAGGUGACAUGUCAAGAAGACUGACCAGCAAUAAUUCUUAUUGCACGAGUAAUGUGACCCACACAUCAGAUUCCAUGGCCAGAAUUUCAACUGAUGACAGUGGGUACAAUUACUCUGAAGAAGCACAAAAUAAUGAGAGCUUGUGUGCCAGCAACAAAGGAAUGGACAGUGUUAUGUCUGCAGAUAAUGCUAGAUUAAAUAGUUUAAUGUCAAGAAGUUCCACAUCAAGUCGCACGUCACCCAUCAGACCAGAUCAUACAGGUGAUAGUACGCCAAUACGAUAUUCACUUCUACCAGGUUUAAGCUACCUGAUGAGUGAUUCAGAUACAAGCUGCUUGGAGAAAUCUAUGCAGUCCACAAAAUCUGUUGCUGACUCUACAUUGCAACACAACAACAAAACAGAAAGCUGCCUAAAACUGAAUCAAUCGACUUCUGAGGAUGUCAAGGUUUCCCCAUUGCAAGUCAGCGUUAUUGAAACAUCUCCUCUCCGACUUGAAAGAAGUGUUGAUCUAUUCAACUCAAGCAGGCAGGAGCAGAGUGAUUUUGAGACUCCUAAUAUCGUUCAUUCAGAUUCUCCUGUUAUUUCUCCUAAAAUAAAAUUAGAGCAACUUAGAGUUCUUGAACUUAAGGAAUCACCAUACAAGUUUAGAGGGCGACAAGAUGAAAAUGUCCCAGUUAGCUCCUCAAGUGUGAAAAAAGAAGAUGCACCAAGUAUAUAUAAUUUAACAGAAUCCCCUUACAAAUUUCGAUCCCAAGGCUUUGAGAACACAAGCAGAAAGUUCUACACCAUUCCUGAGAAAAGAGGGGAUGUAAUGAAUGUUCCACACAAAACAAGAAGUAAACUUGCGUAUGAAAACAAAGAGAACAGAAUUAUGGAUGGAAGUGCAUAUCUCACUGCUCCAUCACGAAAUAGGAAAAAGAAAGAAGGAAAUGUUAAGUCAGGAUACAAAGAAAAACAUUCCAAACCCAGAAAUCGAGUCAGUGCCCUGAAGAACUCUUGUUAUGCUUAUUCAGAUACAGACUCUGAUGGGGAGGUGGCCUCAAACUUCAGCUCUAGAAGUCAGUACGGGGACGACAGUGACGAUACAUAUGGAUUCUCCCCAUGCAAAAAAGGAAAUCAGAAUUCUGCUAGAAAAGAUUCCAGGACAGCUUUGAGAUCUGUGGAAAAUGCCCCCAUCUUUUCUCCUAUAGUCACCCCAGACCGUCUGGACAGGGAGAAAGUGUGCAAUGCCAGUGGACCCAUCAUGAAGCCGGUGUUUAGUACACCGCUAACUAGGGGUGAAGGAAUUGAUAACACUCAAUUUUUGAUGGAUAAACCUUCAACAAUAGCAGUAUAAAUGAAGAAGACAUUAAAUAUGCAUGUUAACGACCAUUCCAUGUUAUCUAUCAUUCCAAAUUAAUUUAUAUUGUGUGCCAUUUCAAAUAAAUCUUGUCUCCGGUCUUUAGCUUAAUAAACAGCAAUGACUAUUUUGUAUCCUUAUUAACAGUACCUCUAUGGAUUGAAAAUAUGUUAUGUACCCAAUCUACUCAUAAGUCUGUAUUAUCAUGAUUAUGCAAUAGCAUUUAAAGAAUUGCUAGUUACUUUGAAUAUUUCACAGUGUGAACUUUAGUCAUUCACAACAUUUGCCGUAAAUCCCCAUGUUUUUUUAUACUGGUAAUACCAAUAUGUCUGUCAAAUAAACCUUACCAUGCAAAGUGUUUAUGAACAUGUAUUGUAAAAUAGUGAUUUUUUGGUGAAACACAGAGGUGCACAUACUGUAAAAUAUAUAUCUGUUUUUAAAUUAUUAUGAAAUUGUACACUCACCUGGUACAGUAAAACUUGAUAAUUCCUUAUAAAUAAGGUUCCCCAUCUUCAUGUUAAUGGUAGAGAACUCCUUUCACUUUUCUUAUAACGGGGAUUUCAAUGCAAGUUCCAUUAAAGUUAGUUUUGCUGUAUAUAUAUCUUGAUUCCACAUAUUUGAUAUUGAAUUUCAUAUUAUGCCUUAUAUCCCUGAAAAUUAUUAAGCUGGUACCAUUUGACUUACUUUUUUUUUCGGGGGGGGGGGGGUGCUUUAUAAUGUAUCUGUGAUACACAUUAACCAAUUACAUGUAGAUUUCAUGAUUUUGUUUUUUAUUACGUAAGUGAAAUAUACUGGUACUUUUCCUUUCUGUGGUGUGGUGGCCGUCAUGUCAUGUAUGCUUUAUGUAUUUAGAAUAAAUGGCUUUUGUAGAACGUUUUACAUAAUAAACUAAAGCAGCAAUCUAACUCAGUGUAUAUCAUGCAGGACUUCUUUUUUUUUUUUAUAUAUACUUUUAGAACUGUUUCUUUAUAUGUAUUUGUUGAAAAUCAUUUUCAAUUUUUAUAGUAAUAAAAAAGAAUAAUCAUA